CACUGAUAACGAAAAAGGUGCGGCUAUAAUUGGUGCCUCAGUUUCCGGAAGGCGUGAACCAUUUGAUAAGCUGUCCGGAAAACUAAGUAACAUGUGUAUCCAAGGUUUAGGACAGAUUAUUUGUACUGCCACGAGGUAAAAGCGGAUGUCCUUAAGGUGUAGUUGUAGCAAAUAUUUAGGCUUUGAAAGUGCCAUUUCAGGUGCACAAUCAGGAAAUGUCAGUUAAAAGGCCGAAAAAAAACACCGGUCCAUAUAUUUGCGAUCACCAUAAUUGUGGGAAAGAGUUUUCCCGGCCGGAUCAUUUGAAAAGACACAAAGCGAACCACUCGGCUCGAAGGUUCAAAUGCGAUGACUCCUCUUGCAAUAGACUUUUCACUAGGAUUGACGUGAAAAGAAAACACGAGCAGAGAAAUCAUCCACGACUGAACCUCAAAAAUGGUUUAGAACCCGGCUUCGAACAUGGACAAGUUCAAGGUCUUAAGAGUGAAAGCGAAGGCGAAAUUUUGCAAGCUGCAACAAAGGAAAAUACUUCAGAGUCUCCGGAUGCGUUUUCUACGGAUUAUCCGAAGUUUGAAGACGAUCCACAAGAAGUUCGGGAUUUUUCAUCGCAAAUCAUUAAAUGGUUACUUGAUUCAACUGAGAUAUCACCCUCAAGCUCAAUGCCUACAGAUCAAAUGAUAAAUGGAGCUUUACAUCAAGCUCAGGAAGAUCAGUUUGGGUUGAACUCAGCUCAACUUCUAGAAGAGGUUUUGGCUCUCUCGCCUGAAUUUCCAACCGAAAAUUUGCACACCGAAAUUGAUCAAAAGUUAAGAUUUGAUAUGAUAGGCUAUAUCCCGGUGCUUGAAAAACAUCCAGAUUUCACGAUACCCAAGAUCAAAUGGUUUCUGGAAAUAUAUUGGCUAUUGUACCAUUGUCAGUAUCCCCUCUUACACCGCCCUUCGUUCUCCACUUUAGAGACACAUCCUUUAUUACUUUUGAGUAUGAUCAUGAUUGGCGCAUCUUUUGCUAAAAAGACACAAGUUCCAGCUUAUUUGAACUUGGUAGACCCAUCUGAACUCUCACUAGCUAUUGCUGAGCCUCUAAGGUGGGCCGUAUUUGCUAGUGAAUACUCAAAACCCCCAUGCAAAGUAUGGGUUAUUCAAACACUAAUAAUAUUAGAGACGUUCGAGGUAGCAUGCUCGUCUAGAGCAAUACACGAGCGUGCUUGCAUCUUCAAUAACGUCAAAAUACAGCUUUUGCGACGAAGUCCGAUUUUGGGAGGUGAUCCUAUGAAGGCUGUCGCUUCAGAUAAUAGCCGUUCAAACGUUUUAUGGAACUCUUGGAUCGAAAGUGAAUCUAUCAAAAGAGCAGCCUUGAUGUCAUUUAACUUAGACACCAUUCAUGCCGUGGUAUUUGGCCACCCCGUUUCAUUAUUUGCUAAUCAGCUAAAACUUUCUUUACCAUGUCCGGAUGAUAUUUGGGAAUAUAGAAAUAUCGAUAAAAAUAAGACUCCUUUAUCGGUCACUGAAACUCCUCUAUUUGUAGAUGCCUUGCGACUGUUGCUGAAAAAUGAGACAGUUGAAGUUGACUCUUUUGGACGACAUAUUCUCUUAUCUGGUCUAAUAAACCUUGUUUUGCAAAUUGAGCAGAAUAUCUCUCAAUGGUCAAACUUUGGAUGGCAUACUUUUGAAGAAAAUUGGAGAGAAGUUCUCUCGUUUGCCAUCGAAUUUUGGAAGUCACAACUACCAGAGAAUGAUUGUUGUUUGACUUUGUCCAGUGUGCAUUAUAUUGGGGCUACAUCACCUCCAUUACCACUUUCUUUGCUACCUGAGGACACCAGGUGCAAGUUCCCAGUCUACCAUGCUGUUCAAAUCUAUCUGAAAAUACCGCAUUAUGACUAUAUUGUCUUUGCAGGAGCACCAAAAAGGAUGAACGUACCCAUCUUGGAGGAAGAUUUCGAAAUAGUCGUGAGAAGGAUUGAGAGAUGGAGCAGCAGCGUAAAUGGACAAUUGGCUGUGAUCAACUCGUUGCUUCUCCUCUGCGAGAUGCUACUAUCUUCGGAGAACUCACUGGAUACCAUCAACUACUGCUACGAGCCAGUCAAGGAUCCGCUUAUAUACCGCCCCAAUAUUGUCAUAUCGUCUGUUUUGAUAUUAUGGUCGUACACGUUCCAUAAGUUUGGUCCUGAAUCUAAUUUCCUGGCUGGAUUUAACGAGGAGUCCUAUGAGCCAUCAUUUAUCCCUGCUGUUGAAGAUGGCUAUGCAUUUUUAAGACGGGUGCGUGAUGAGCUAUCCACAAGUUCUGGCAUCUCAUUCAGUGAGCUCAGUAAGCUGGAUAUCAACAAGAAGAAUAGAAAGAUGAGACAAUGCUGCUCGAUCUUAGACAAGAUAGAUGGGCUGAACAACACUGUCGGACUUUUGAGGUGUUUGGCGAACGAGUAUAAGAAAUGCGAUUGGCAUGUUGGCCGGGAGUACGCCAAAUUGAUGAACAACUGCAUUAGGAGAAGUGCCGGAUCUCCACAGAUAUUCUGUCCCGACAUGUAUGAUGUAAAAGAAUGAGAGGGUGGCGUGCCAGUGGGAUAUGAAACUCUAUUUAAAUGUCUGUACUCUCUAU